UUUCGUUGGUUUCGUUUCAUGCGAUUUCGUUCGAUUCGAUUGACGGUGUCUGCGGUCUUGAUACGGUUGUGUGAUUAUUGCGGUGGUUUUGCUGAACGCAUUUUCCUGUGGAAUUGCUAGUUUUCGGAACGAAAUUUUCGGUGUCGAAUCCAGCGGUUGCCAGCAGGCAAAACAAUCGGUGCAUCUGGAACAGGUUCCGGCUAAGUCCCAGCCAUUUGGUUGCAGGAGGUGUGCAUUCUCUGUCUACGUGUGCAAAUUUUUCAAGUUCAUUCUUCGGAGACAUAAACAGUGUGGUAUUCUUGGUUGAAGGUUUGCUACCGGGUUCCGGUCGUUCUGGUUCUUUUCCGUAUCGGUCCGCCGGUUUUCGUUUGAUAUCGCGCGCGCGCUCGUUCAAUUUCGGGUAGUGUUUCAGGUUUCGCACUUUCCGGCUCUCAGUUCCGGUUGAUUUCGAUUCUGGUGAAAGCACCCCUCCUGCCGUCCAAGCUGACUACUUUCGGUGGCAAGCAACAUCCGGGAGACCAUAAUCCGCCAGCACAGGGCCACCUUCACUGUAUCUUCCGGAAACGAUGGGUAAGGCGAAGAAGGGCAAGAAGGACGCCGCCGCCGUGGCCGCUCCCGGGGACGAAGGCUCCGACGUCGAGGUAAAGCAGACGGAGCUAACCGAAACUGUCGAAGUCGAGAACCGCAAGAACGAUAACAAGCGGAAGGAGAAAAAGGCGAAAGCCAGAGACGAAAGCGACGAGGACAAUGAGGACGCGGUCGGGAAAGUGACCGAAGAGGUCAAAAAGCUGACCGUCAAGGAGAAGAAAAAAUCCAAGAAAGCGGAACAGAAAGACUCCGAUGCAGAUGAUGCCGAAGAAGAUGAUGGGGGCAGCAAAAAGGCUUCCAAGAAAAAGGGAAAAUCUGCUGGUGGAGGACCCGUUGGGUUUUCGCUGCUAAUGGCCGAUGAUGACGACGACGAUGAACAGGAAGAUACCAUGCGGGAUGACGACGAGGAUGAAGCCCCCAAAAAAGGCAAAGCAAAGGGCGGUAAAAAGCCGAAGGAGGAAGAAGAGUCGACUCAAUCAAAGGGUGGUAAAAAGAGUAAGAAAGAUAAGAAGAAAAAGAAGGGAGACAGCGAUGAAGAGGACAUAGAGAAGAUGCUUGCAGAGUUGGAGAUGGAAUACUCUGGAGCCAAACCUGCACCAACGGGUGACGAUAACGCAGCUCCAACGGAGUCCAAGGAGCCAGAAAAGAAGAAAGACAAAAAGGAUAAAAAGAAGAAGGAAGAACCUGCUCCGGUUGUCGAAGCAGCAGACAAGCAAGAUGAUGGCGAAGUUCACAUCAAAACUGCUGCUGAAAAACGAAAGGAGAAGAAGGAACGUCAGAAGGCCAACAAACAACAGGAAAAAGAUGCGGAAGGUGAAAAGCCGCAAGACGAUUCUCCUAAGGAGUCCAAAGAAUCUACCCCGGCUCCUGAACCGGAAGUUGUUGGCGACAGUAAAAAGAAAAAGAAGAAGGGUAAAAAGGAAGAAGGAGAAGCUACCCCUGCUCCUGCUGAAGAAAAACCAUCUGCAGCUACUGGAAAAGCUACUACUGAAGCUGCUGGAAAACCAAGCGAUGCUGCGGCCAAAGAAGGUGACAAGAAAAAGAAAGGUCCCAAUAAGGCGGCUAUCGCUUUGAUGCAAGAGCGAUUGAAGGCAAUCCGCGAGGAAGAGGAACGUCUCAAGCGCGAAGAAGAAGAAAAGGAACGAUUAGCUGAAGAAGCGGAAAAAAUGCGAUUAGAACAGUUGCGACUGGAACAAGAGAAAAAGGAAAAGAAGAAACAAAAGGAAAAAGAACGUAAAGAACGUUUGAAGGCUGAAGGAAAACUGUUAACCGCGAAACAGAAGCAGGAUCGCAUGCGAGCACAAGCUAUGUUGGAAGCAUUGAAGGCCCAAGGUGUCGAAAUUCCUGAAGCUGGCACAGAGAAAAAGGUUCGAUUAGGAACACGAAUCCGCCCGAAGAAGAAGGAUGAAGGUGCUAAAGAGGGCGAUUCCAAAGAAGACAGUCCAACUGGUGACGAUGAAAAAACUGAACAGCAACUAGCAGAUGAAGCAGAGAAGGCCGAUGAAGUAAAAGAUUCUUGGGAUGCUUCGGAUAGUGAAGACGAGAAAACGAAAGAUCAAAAGCCGGAUAAAGAAGCUCAAAAACCUGAACCAGUAAAGCAAGCGAAAAAAGAGGAAUCUGAUGAAGAAGAUGAAAGUGAUUCAGAUGAUGAUGGCUCGGAAGAAGAAACUGAAAGUGAAGACGAUUCGGAAGCAGAUGAUCGUCCAGAAGCAGAAAAGAUGAAACAACGUGCUCUGGAACGUAUUGCUAAAAGAACUCAAGAUGCAGAAAAGAAACGUACAACAGAUAACUUGCGUGCUGCCAUAGUUUGCGUCCUGGGACACGUAGACACAGGAAAAACAAAAAUCUUAGACAAGUUACGUCGUACGAACGUACAAGAUGCCGAAGCAGGUGGUAUCACCCAACAAAUCGGUGCUACUAAUGUCCCUAUUGAAAAUAUUAAGGAGCAAACGAAAUUUGUCAAAGGAUUUUCAGAUACCACUUUCAAGCUGCCAGGUUUACUUAUUAUUGACACGCCUGGUCACGAAUCCUUCAGUAAUUUACGUACUCGAGGUUCUUCGCUGUGCGAUAUUGCUAUCCUAGUCGUUGAUAUUAUGCAUGGGCUCGAACCGCAAACCAUAGAAUCUAUCAAUAUACUUAAGUCUAAACGUACUCCAUUUGUAGUAGCCCUCAAUAAGAUAGAUCGUCUGUAUGACUGGAAUACGGCGAACCGCCGAGACGUUAGAGAUAUCAUAAAAAGUCAAGCAUCCAACACUCAACUGGAGUUCACUCAGCGCACAAAAGAAGUAAUCGUUCAAUUCGCCGAGCAAGGUUUGAAUGCUGCUCUCUACUAUGAGAACCCUGAUCCCAAAACGUAUAUUUCCCUCAUCCCGACUAGUGCCAUCACUGGCGAAGGAAUGGGUAAUCUGCUGUUCCUAAUUGUUCAGUUCUGUCAGAAGCAGCUGGCUAAGCGUUUGAUGUACAGCGAAGAUUUGCAAGCUAGUGUUUUGGAAGUGAAAGCUAUCCCCGGUCUGGGAACCACCAUCGAUGUCAUUUUGGUCAACGGUAAACUCCGGGAGGGUGAAACCAUGAUUCUGGCCGGUACGGAGGGACCAAUUGUGACUCCGAUAAAGGCGCUACUCAUGCCGCAACCCAUGAAGGAACUGCGUGUCAAGAAUGCGUACAUCGAGCACAAGGAAGUCAUCGCUGCUCAGGGUGUCAAGAUUGCAGCUAAAGAGCUUGAAAAGGCCAUCGCUGGGUUGAAUAUCCAGAUUGCUCAGAAGCCGGAUGAGGUGGAAAUUUUCAAGGAUAUUGUGGCUCGUGACUUGAGAUCGGUGCUUAGCAGUAUUAAGCUUAGUGAACGUGGUGUGUACGUUCAAGCGUCAACGCUGGGAUCGCUCGAAGCUUUGCUGGAGUUCCUGAGGACCUCGAAAAUUCCGGUGAGUAAUGCUUAUACUCUGUUGACUGAGUUAUAG